AACCUGGCACGGCAGGGGUGGCCGCAACACUGUCAGCGAGUGCUGAUCUGUCACCAGGAGCUCCGUUCAGCAGUUCGCCUCUUUCUUAUGAAGGAUCUUUCACCAGCCCCAUCAAUGAAAGGCGGCCACUGCAGAAACUUCGAGCCAAGCUCAGGCAGCUGCGUAACCGCAACAAGAGGCUGCAAGGACUGCUGCUUCAGCGCCGUCGCAUGAAGACCACUGCCGAAUUGGUAGAUAGUCUGCGUGAGCAUUUAACACCAGCUGUUCCUGCUUUUGUUGAAGCUCAGUUAAAGAUGCACAAUGUCAGCAGGUUUGGCCGUCGAUGGUGCAGCCAAAACAAAACCUUUGCUUUAGGUUUAUACUUCCACAGCCCAAAAGGUUACAGAUAUUGCAGGAAACUCCUGAAACUUCCAUCUGUUAGGUCACUGCAGCUGUGGCUUGCACGCGUACCAUUGAGGGUUGGAUUUUAUCCUGAAGUUUUUGAUUUGAUCGAGAAACGGCCAGCGUCUUUUCCACGGCAAGACAGGGCUUGCACCAUAAUUUUUGAUGAAAUGCAUGUUUCAAAGGAGCUGUCGUACAAUCCAGUGUCGAACAGAUUUGAAGGCCUUGAAGAGUACAGUGCAGCACAAGGUCCAAAUCUUGCAAACAAGGCGCUUGUGUUCAUGGCCAAAGGAAUAUGUACGCCGUGGAAGCAGCCUCUUGGCUACUUCUUUGCAGAUAAGGCAGCGCCUGCAACUGUUCUGCAUGACCUUCUCUUCAAAUGACACAAAAUGUUGGUUGGAGCUGGAUUGCAGCCUGUGGCUGUGGUUUGUGAUCAGGGGAACCAAAAUGUUUCUCUGUUUUCGAAACUUGUGACCCCUGAAAAGCCGUACUUAAGUGUGAAUGGUGAACCGCUUUCCUUUAUUUUUGAUCCAGCGCAUUUGCUCAAGUGCUUGCGCAAUAUGCUCUUCAAGUAUGACUUCAGGGUAGGCAGUGACACAAUUAAAAGCUCGUACAUACGACAGGCUUAUGAGAAGGAUCGAGAAAUGCAAAAUCGGUCCAUCCCAAAGUUGAGUGCCCGGCACUUUAAUUUAACUUUUGCUUCGAAGAUGUCUGUGAAACUCUCAGCACAGGUAUUCAGCAAUCAUUGCGCUGCUGCAUUGUGCACAUUGGUAACAUUCCAACAGUUGCCAUCAGAGGCUAUCCACACAGCCAGAUUUGUUGAGGGGAUCGAUAGACUCUUUGACAGUCUAAAUACUUCACAAAAGCGGGGAAAGUCUCCGUAUGCAUCUGCAAUUUGUGCAGGAUCUGUGCAUGAAGAGUUUUUGGAAGAGCGUAUUGCAAUUUUCGAAAACAUCGAAGUUCUAGGCUGUGCGUGGCAGCCUCUUUGCAUCCGUGGCUUCUGCCAAACUAUGAGGGCUGUGCUGCUGUUAUGGAACCACCUGGCCUCUCGCUAUGGUUUGACAUACCUCCUUACCAGGCACCUGAACCAGGAUGCACUUGAAAACACCUUUGCUAUUGUUAGGUCGAAAUCUGGAUCGAACAGCAACUCGUCUUGCCGGCAGUUUCAAGCAGAAUUUAGGCAUCUUUUAGUUAGCAACCUUUUCAAACUGUCGGAAAGCAGCAACUGUGCUGAAGACAUGUCUAGCCUUCUAGCCACUCUCCCAGUUUGUUUAUCUAAGUCUGCGCCUUCUCUCUGUACAGCUGCCACAUCUUUGCCAGUUGCAGUAGAAGUUUUGCCAUAUGAUUAUCAGUCUCCAAUACUAGAGAACAACAUUGUCUAUUUUGCUGGCUGGCUUGCCUACAAGUUUAUGAAUUAUCACAGGUGUGUUACAGGGCCACAUACGUGCAAGGUGAGGCUAGAAAAUGCCGCCUUUGCCGAUCAGAGCCAAGUUCUCUUGUACUUAAGUGUCAAAAAUCCUGGAGAAGGUGACUUUGGGAGCCUGUCAGUUCCUACACCCUCGUUUGUAGCUUUCAUCAAUGCUUGCGAGCAGGUUUUUGUCGCAUCUAGUUCCAAUAUUGUGGGAAAAGAACAAGUAGGGCAUGAUCUGUGCAUGUUGCUUCAUGCCAAGGUAGAAAAAUCGCUGACUGUGUGUGGUGAUGACGUUUAUGAUAGUUUGUUUGCCCUGUUCGUCAGAGUUAGGCUGCAUUGGCUUGCACGCAGAAACAAUCUUGAGCUGCACAGUCAAACUACUGAACGGAAAGCCACGAAGCAAGCACUGAGGCUAAGCAAAUGAAAAGGAUGCAAUUCCCGAGCUGUUGGGUGAAUAUUUUGUGAAGUUGCAGGCUAUUAUGCAGCCUGUGCAACAAAUCAGCUUAGUCUGGUUUAACGGUUGCAAAGGGUUUUUUUCUGGUUCACAGCCUGGUUUUAUUCUUUUAUUUUUUACUUGUGUAUUUUGAUUUGCUAGGAUGUGACGUGGUUGCUCACAGGGGCAAUGGUUUAACAAUGUAGCAUCUUUCAUCGUUCAUUCCACUAUGUCUCUCUUUUAGGGUACUUUUAUGCCAUGUACAGCCUGUUCAAGUGUCACCUAUGUACUUGUGCAAUAUUGUCAGAUAAAACGCCAUACCGAUAAAGCGAAUGCCUCUGAAAGGAGACUUUCUAGGCAAUGGAUUAACCUAGUUUCCGUGGCGCUGGGAUUAAUUUUUCCACCUGCUCGCCCCCCCUGCAGUUCCGUGCUGGCAGGUAUAAUGAAAUCAACCAUUGUCAUCAUAACUACCACUCUGCACCACUGGCUACCAGGCCACCUUUUAGCAGGCUAGUUGCAUCUCAGAGUUUUUAGUAGGAUCUUUGUCAGCGCAACGAACAGAACAGCGCUGGACUUUUAUCUGGCUAUAUUGUAGCGUACAGUACACUGAUUGCAUGCUUUACUGCCCCGCGAAUGUCCUUGCACUUCACUGUAGGCUGUACUUCAUGUGUACUUUUGUUGACGUAAAAUUACUUCACAUUGAUCCGGCUAACGACUAGAAGUACUCUGGAGAUGGUACGCCGGCUCAAUGUAUGGUAUUUGCUCCUACGUUGAGCACGUUUGAGGGUGCUAAAGCUGGCUUUAACAUUGCCUUGCAGAUGUAAACGCACCUGCUAUAUUCUUUCAGCUGAAGAAAUUAAAUGUGAAGAAUAAUCCCAGUGUGCUCUAUGGUCUGUGUUGAUGCGCCUACUUAUGUCAUGUUAUGUUUGCUUCAAUUGAAGCUGUCGUAGCAUUGUUUUCUAUACUUUUCAAUUUCCUAACUGACAACGUUCGUGGCACUUCAGGGCUUUUUCCUAUCUGCACUGUGACUAUUGAGAUGAUUAGCCAACUUAAACAAUACUGCUUGUGCUGCCUGUGACAUGUAUUUUUUGUUUGUGUGCCAAGGGUGUGCUUUGUGACUGUAUUUGUUUGGUUGCUGCAAUAAACAAUGAAUAUGAAACUAUGAAAACCAUA